CAUGGAACGCCCGCAGAGAGAGGCCCGACAGCCCCGCAGUCUGCCCCCCCGGAGCUGCUUUCGAGGGUGAAUGUGAGCGACAGAAGAGCGCAAUGGCGAUAUAGAGAAGGCAGAGGGAGACCUCGCGAAGGCAUUUUCCGACACAAAAUGCAUCACCCUCCCCCGAAAGCAGGCGACGGAGGUAUAUUGUCGACCUACCGAGGACAGGACAGUGAUGAUGAUGGACUGCUUCGACCCGUCACCCGGGAAACUACCCGAUCGCGCUGGGGCUCUGAACCUACGUGCUUGGGUACUGGAAGCAGGAGGAGUAGUAUUCUUGAUGGCCUCGACAAAAGCAUCCGACUCGGUUCGAUCAAACGGUGGGAGGAGAUACAAUCAAUGAACGAUUUGCAGCGGGUUAGAGACCAACGAAGCAGAGGUGAAGAACACUUGCGUUCCGCACUGUCGGUGAUCGGGACGCUCGCAACUGAUGUUACGCGAAGACUGGAUUACACUUACUACGGGCUUCUGGAAAAGAUUGCAGCGCUUAACGUAACAAUCGCUUCGUUCCAGGACCUAUCGGACUCAACAUCGAGACUUUUUGACGACUUCAAGCAAGAGACUACAAGCUUGGAACAAGAUAUCCAAAAGCAAAUCGGCGAUCUCCAUGAAUUCCACCCACAAAUGCAACGGGUUGAGGUGCUAGAAGAACGAAUGAGAGACAACAAGACGAGGGCUAAAACUCUCGGGAACAGGUUGGAAACUAUGCGGAAUGAGAUCGAAAUGUGGGAUAAACGAGAAAUGGAAUGGCAAAUGCGAACAAACCGAAGACUACGCAUUUUCUGGGGGGGUUUCACUGCGGCCAUAUUGGCAGUCCUGGUGGUUACAGUUCUUCGACACUGGCCUUCUGAACGGAUGUCACCCGGCUUUAGAACCCUUCCCAAAGCGCUGAAGCUUUCCAAUACUCCCAUUCACACCCCGUUGUCUAAGCAACAUGAUGCAUUUCCAGGAAAUUCAGAGGAUGAAUAUGGACUACCUCCGGAGCCAACUGCCCUCGUUUCUAGCGAUAUCCCAAGUGUAACCAAGAUAUACACGCAUGCCCCUUCCGCGGCAGAUGAAACUACUAGGCCUGCCGAUUAUGAUCCCUUACGAAUAUUCGAUGAACUAUUACCAUAACUGCAUAUAAGCGCUUCUAUUUUGUGUGAAAUGAUAUCAAAAUUUAACGUCCAUCCCGACUCGCAAGUCUGCAUGUUCUUUAAUGUUUGUUACCCUAGCUGUGACCUUCACAUGGAAGCUUUGGAUAGAGCAUGAUUGUUGUGAUCAUCGAUUUUUAUGAAACCUUAGGGUUCAGCAGCCCCCCCUUUCUUCUUCUUCUUAUCUUCGACAAUCUCAAUAUUAGACUCGGAAAUUCCCUUUCCAUAUUGUUCCAAUAACCAUUCCUUAAUAUCUUCACAAACAUCACCCUGCACUGUGAUCUCCUCAAUUCCAGCAGCGGACUUCGUGACUGAGGAUCCCGUCGCAAAUUUUUUGCCCAAUUCCUUAGCCACUUUCUUAUUCUCUAGGCCAUAAACCUCGAGGCCCGUAAGAACACUAACAUGCUUACGCUUGUUC